AUGCUCGAUAUUCCCCUUGAGGACCUCCAGAAUCGUGGUCCCUUCGAAUCCCGUCGACCCUAUUCAUCGAUUUCGGAUCCCAGCGGCGCACAUCGCAAACGCCAGACAAUGGGGAAUCUCAUCUUGAUUCUAUCCUAUGCCAUCGAUUGGGUUUUACUCAUCGCAUUUGCCGUGGCAGGCCUACUGCUUGGCAAUCUGUCGCCACAAAAACGGCCUUUCAACCUGGAGAACCCAGAUAUUAGCUUUCCGCUCCACAGCGAUACCGUUUCUGUGACGAAUCUACUACUCCUAAGCGUCGCAUUACCAAUAGUGGUGAUCUUUGGAGUAGUCAUACUGUUCGUACCCGGGGGAACAGUUCCCAGAGAUACGCCAAGGUCCCUUGUCUGGAGUAGGAAGAUUUGGGAGGUACACGCAGGAUGGCUGGGGCUCAUUCUCUCGGUCGUGACGACCUGGUUCAUCGUGAGCACAACAAAGAACCUACUCGGGAAACCUCGACCGAAUGCGUUGGCCCGCUGCCAGCCCGAUCUCGACAAUCUGGCCCGGUACAUUGUUGGUGGCAUAUCAAACACCACCACCGUCGCCAUGGGACAGCUCGUAUCGGCCGACAUCUGCACCAACCCUGACAAGAGUGUUAUUGAUGAGGGGUUCCGCAGCUUUCCGUCCGGACACUCAUCCGUCGCAGCUUCAGGACUGAUCUAUCUCAUGCUCUUCUUGGCGAGCAAACUUGGGGUAGCCGCGCCGUGGGCACCUCAAGGGGUACACCUGGGAGCUACCCAUCACUCUGCUUUCCCUUCGCGCAUCGAUGGGGAGAGCUUGGCGGGAGACGGCCAGGCUGGCAGGCUCCCUGAGCAGGUCAUACCGUUUCGAAGACAAGCAGCAGCUCCACCCGUCUAUCUAGUGGUCCUCACCCUUGUUCCGUUUGCGUUGUGCAUCUUUAUCUGCGCUUCCAGAUGGUACGACUUCCAACACCACGGCUUCGAUAUCUUGUUCGCUUUCGCUAUCGGCGCUACCUCAUCUUACGUUGCGUUCCGCUUCUACCAUCUACCUAUUAGUGGAGGCGCUGGUUGGGCUUGGGCCCCUCGAAGCGAAGAUUCCGCGUUCUGGGCAGGUGUGGGCAAACAAGGAUAUCGCCACAGUUCGACCAAGCUUCGGCAAGAUUCUGUAUGCUGA